UUUUUGUUUGUAUGAUUGCUGAAAAACAAAGACAACCCUAUUAGUUUGGAAAAUAAAGUCAAGUCUAUGUGUUGAAAGAUAGUUUGGUUGACUAGUAACUAGUAAGUAGCCAUUUGGCGCCAAUGAGGUGAGAUAGCUAGCUUGUGUUGAUGCAUGUACGUUUGAUCAAGGCUACCUAGUUGCAGCAGUUGGAACUAGUACUACUCCCUCCAUUCCUAAAUAUUUUUCUUUCUAGAGAUUUCAACAAGUGACUACAUACCAAGCAAAAUGAGUGAAUCUACACUCUAAAAUAUGUCUAUAUAAAUACGUAUGUGGUAGUCCAUUUGAAAUCUCUAAAAGACAAAUAUUUAGGAAUGGAGGGAGUAGUACAUAACAGAAGAGACACUGUGUCAGCAUGUGCAAUUAGGAUUGGGAUGUAUACUUCAUACUAUUGUAUAACUUAACUAGUUCUCCCUGCCAGACAACUAAUUUACAUUGAAGAGGUCCUCCAUUCAUGUAGUACGUACAUUCCUUGUUCUUUUUUCCUUCAGUUUUGGUCUGUAGAUGUACUUGUAAGUUUUUUCAUCUCGAUUUUGCUUUUCUUUUCAGUAUUUUGUACUCUCUCUGUCUCAAAAUAAUGUCUCAACUUUGUACUAACAUUAGUACAAAGUUAUACUAACCUUGAGACACUUAUUUUAGGACGGAGGGAUUAUUUCUGUAAUAUUUAGCUCCUGUUCCUAAAGAUGUGCAUCCACUGGCAUGUUAACAUCAUGUCUUGUGUGUUCUUUCUCAAUGAUGUAGAGCAGGGUAGAGCAGGGGUUCUUACUUAUUGUUCUUAUACACGCUAUGUUAUCAUGCAGGUGGCAGUUGGGACUAUCUGAAGAGCAAUAAUGUAAUGCUUUUGAGCUGAGGUACAUGAAGUCGUAUUUGAAAGCGGACGAGAUGAUGUUUGUCAACACGAAACUGAAAAGGGGAUGUGUGGCAGUAGCAAAAAAAGGAAAAUGAUUGAUCUCAUUGAGUUGCCUCCCGAUCUCAAUGAGAUUCCUCAUGAUAUGGAUCAGCAGCAACCCGGCGUACCACUAGGAGCUAGUGCUGAUUAUGGGAGAGAAAAUGAGCACUCUGUUUACUACACACAGACAAGUCGUGGGCCUAACCCUAUGGGCCAUGACAAUGUGGCAGGGCAGUCAUCAACCUGUGGUGCCCCUGUAGUGGUGUCUUUGCAGUCAGAGAGCCAUACUCUUGAUGACACGGGCAGUGCGGCAAAUGUUCCUGGUCCAACUAGGACUAAGCUAGGAGCAGGUGCUGUUGACGGUGAUGUGCAAGGAGAAGAAGGAGAGGAUGAGGCUGGUUCUCAACCCAUGGAACCCUAUGUUGGCAUGAGGUUUGACAACCUUCAAAUUGCUAAGGAUCACUACAACAGCUACGCCCUAUGGAUGGGUUUCUCUGUCAAGAUGAACACCUCUAGGCGGACAACUCUCACCAAUGUAUUGGUAAAACAACAAUUUUGUUGCAACAAGUACAAGAAGACCAAAGCUAAUGAUGGAGGAGUUGAGGCUCCUCCUAUCCUGGACCCCAUACCAGAUCCAAAACCUGUUGAUAGUGAUGAGGAAAUGGAAGAUGAACCUCCAAUCUUUGCUGAAGAGGAGGCUGGUCCUAGUAAGAAAAAUAAGAAUUGGAAACACGAGACAAUAAAGUAGACUCAAUGCAAGGCAACAAUGUUGGUGAAGUUGCUAGAUGGGCGAUGGGAGGUGACACACUUUGUUCGUGACCACGAUCAUCCGCUGGUGAACAAACCUUUGUUGUCCAAAUACUUGUGAUCACACCAAGGCAUCUCUCCUAAUAAAAAGGUGUUUUUAUGCAUCUUGUAUAACUG